AUGCCGAUCGAGAUUGUGUGCAAAAUCAAAUUUGCUGAGGAGGAUGCAAAACCCAAGGAGAAGGAGGCAGGGGAUGAGCAGAGCCUCCUGGGGGCUGCUCAGGGGCCAACAGCCCCUCGGGACCUGGCCACCUUUGCCAGCACCAGCACUCUGCAUGGGCUGGGCCGGGCCUGUGCCCCAGGCCCCCAUGGACUGCGCAGAACCCUUUGGGCACUGGCUCUACUCACCUCACUGGCUGCCUUCCUAUACCAGGCAGCCAGCUUGGCCAGGGGCUACCUGACCCGGCCUCACCUGGUAGCCAUGGACCCUGCUGCCCCAGCCCCAGUGGCGGGCUUCCCGGCUGUCACCCUCUGCAACAUCAACCGCUUCCGGCACUCAGCACUCAGCGAUGCUGAUAUCUUCCACCUGGCCAAUCUGACAGGGCUGCCCCCCAAAGACCGGGAUGGGCACCGUGCGGCUGGCCUUCGCUACCCAGAGCCCGACAUGGUAGACAUCCUCAACCGCACUGGCCACCAGCUUGCUGACAUGCUCAAGAGCUGCAACUUCAGUGGGCACCGCUGCUCUGCCAGCAACUUCUCCGUGGUCUACACUCGCUAUGGGAAGUGUUACACCUUCAAUGCGGAUCCUCAGAGUUCACUGCCCAGCCGGGCAGGUGGCAUGGGUAGUGGCCUGGAGAUCAUGCUAGACAUCCAGCAGGAGGAAUACCUACCCAUAUGGAGGGAGACAAAUGAGACGUCAUUCGAGGCAGGUAUCCGGGUGCAGAUCCACAGCCAGGAGGAGCCUCCCUACAUCCAUCAGCUGGGGUUUGGUUGGUCCCGCUUCCAGACUUUUGUGUCUUGCCAGGAACAGCGGCUAACUUAUCUGCCCCAGCAUUGGGGCAACUGCCGGGCAGAAAGCGAGCUCAGGGAGCCUGAGCUGCAGGGCUACUCCGCCUAUAGUGUGUCUGCCUGCCGACUGCGCUGUGAAAAGGAGGCCGUGCUGCAGCGCUGCCACUGCCGGAUGGUGCACAUGCCAGGCAAUGAGACCAUCUGCCCGCCAAAUAUCUACAUUGAAUGUGCCGACCACACACUGGAUUCCCUGGGCGGAGGCUCUGAGGGCCCAUGCUUCUGCCCCACCCCAUGCAACCUGACUCGCUAUGGCAAAGAGAUCUCCAUGGUCAAGAUCCCCAACAGGGGCUCAGCCAGGUAUCUGGCGAGGAAGUACAACCGCAAUGAGACCUACAUACGGGAGAACUUCCUGGUCCUGGAUGUCUUUUUUGAGGCCCUAACUUCUGAAGCCAUGGAGCAGCGAGCAGCCUAUGGCCUGUCAGCCCUGCUGGGGUAAGCCCUGACCCUUGCCCCGACUCGGGACCUUGGGGGACAGAUGGGCCUGUUCAUUGGGGCGAGCAUCCUUACCUUACUGGAGAUCCUUGACUACAUCUAUGAGGUCUCCUGGGAUCGACUCAAGAGGGUGUGGCGACGGCCCAAGACCCCACUGAGGACAUCCACUGGGGGCAUCUCCACUUUAGGGUUGCAGGAGCUGAAGGAACAGAGUCCCUGUCCAGGCCGGGGGCAUGCUGAGGGUGGGGGGGCUAGCAGUCUGCUUCCCAACCAUCACCACCCUCACGGCCCCCGGGGGAGCCUCUUUGAAGACUUUGCUUGCUAG